UGUGCAUCACGUGACACUUUGCCAAGGACGAAAAUUUUGUCAAACAUGGAAUGGAUUUCCAAAAAGUGGCAUGAUUUUUGGCCUGACACGAGUAAAGCAAUACCGGUAAAAGGAUACUGGUAUGGUGCACCAUGUGUUGAUCCUGAUUCUAAACCAACAUUUGAUCCAAUGCUUGGAUUUCCCAAUGGAAGAAAAGAAAGGAAGAUGCAUGUCACAUUUGAGGAGAUGAUUGAUGCUAGAGUACCCCCAGAACACAGAAAUUACUGUGCUCAUAAAUACAUAGAUUUUAUGAAAUGUUACCAGGACACCCCUGCUCUUUCUAGAGUAUUUAGAAAAGCUUGUGAACCAUAUUGGCAUCAUUAUUCAGAUUGUAGAUACGAACUGGCAGUCAUGCAGUACAAAGAAUAUGAAAGAGAACGGCGGCUACGUGCUAGACAGAAGAGAAGAAUUGCCAUGGGUCUUGAACCAGAUCCAAAUGCAGAUGCUAUUGCAGAGUCUAUGUAGUUACAUAAUGUUUAUAUGACAUUAGACUUCAAAGGAUAAUGUAAUGUUACAAGAGUGAAAUCAGAUUCUUUAAACUACCAAGGGGGACAACAUGGUUCUUUUGAAAUAAUCUGGAUAGAUAUAUUGUGUGUGCAGUCUAAAAGCAUUCUGGUAAUGGUUAUGAGAAAAAGUUAAAACUUCUGAUCUGUUUAAUUCUAUAAAUGAAAACAAAUGUGUAUUAACAUUAUAUUUAGUAAAUAUCCCAUGUAAUUUGUUACAUGGCACAUAUACAUACAUAGAAAAUAACAUUUUUGGUAUGUUGAUGUUUCUAGAAUUGAUGCUGUUUUUUAUGAAUAUAAUUUUGAAAAGAUGAA